GAACGCAUGAUGGACUUUGUCGCCACCCUCACAGAUCCUACAAUCUCCGUCGUGUUGGUGCCGACGAUCGAGGCAUUCUAUCCCAAACUUCUGGCGCGCAAGGAUGAGAUCGAGAAUGUGACGAGAAAGAUAUUCCAAUACGGGGCUAGCGAUAGACACAAACUCGAUGUCUACUAUCCUUCAGGGACACAGAGCGGGAAAGCGCCUGUCUUGUUUUUUGAAUACGGCGGAGGGUUCAAUACGGGAAACAGAGUGCAGCCAGCACCUCUGGACUUGGUGUAUCGCAAUCUUGGAGCAUUCUUCGCGAAGCUUGGGAUCUUCACAAUUAUCGCAGAUUACCGAUUGGUCCCUCAAGCAACGUAUCCUGAACCGGCAGAAGACAUCGGGCAAGCAAUCGCUUGGAUCAUCGCCAAUGCGUCUGAAGUAGCGCAGGACUCGAAUAUCAAGCUAGACAUCGACCAUAUUUUCCUCAUGGGCAACUCCGCAGGAGCUGCACACGUCGUAACGUUGGCAUUGGCACCCAAUCUGCUAUCGCAGGAUAUCCGAACUCGCGUCCGUGGUAUCAUACUCCUUGGCGGAGCGUACAGUUUCCCGGUCGACAAUCCCUCUUUAAGCACAUAUCUUGAGGUUCUGAGGCAGUAUUACGGUUCGGAUGAUGAGAUUCGAAAGCACCAACCACUAUCUCUCCUGAAGAACGCAACGCCGGAGACCAUAAACAGUCUGCCAGAUAUCUUGGUACUGAAAGAUGAAUGGGAGCCAGCGACCAUCGACAGGGACCAUGGGUUGUUUGUGAAUGCGUUGAGAGAGCGGCGCGCCUCGAAAGUCGACGAAGACGUGCUCAAGGGACACAACCAUAUAAGCCCGGGAGUUAGCUUAAGUAGUGGGGAAGGCGAGGAAUGGGGAAAGAAUGUGGCAGACUGGAUCAAUGCGAGAGGGUCCUAGUUAUGCAAAUGGCUUAUACAAUAUAACCUUUGGAAGGAUAUCACGGAGACAUUGAGGUUGGUAUGCAGGCUCUGUGGGAUGGAAAGUUAACGAUUUGCUUGCCCUAUUUUCGCAAGAUGAAUACAGUACGUACUAGAAAAUUUCACGAAUACACACUGCAGAGCGCUGAACCCUGAGAUCAUAGUAGGGAAAACUGGGCGCGACAGGAGUCAAAAUGUGUCUCAAUGUGAGAGCUACUGUUUGGAGCUUUGAUAAAGCAAUAUUGCAGAAUUUGAAGGCCAUUGUCGG